UGCCAACUAAUUUUCUGAAUCAACCGUUUGAGUUGUCACGACUAUGCUUCAAAGUGGCAACUAAUUUUGUGAAAACACUAUGUCUGUUGCCAUGUCAUAUGCAUGAUAAUGGCAAAUUGACUGUCCAAUAGACUCAAUUGCGUUUGUCAUGCUGACUUGUCAUAGCUGGACAUAUUUGAAUGUAUUACAUGACAACUCGUUUUUAUAUGAGGCCAUGGUGUGAGUUGCCACAUUAUAUGUUGUGCAUUGGAAGUUGUCUGCCCUUUUUUGAAGUGACUUAUGUUAACAUGGCAACUUUGAACCUAGUAGAUGUGAUAUGUACAUUUUACAAAGCCAAUGUUAGUUGCCACAUUUCCUGAUGGACAAUCCUAGGGGGGUGAGUGUUCCUAUGCUCUGCCUCAUUUGCCACUUUCAUUGGAGCCAACAUGGCAAGUAGAUUCUGCUAGCUGGCAACUGCUUCCUUCAGAAACACAUACAUGUCCCGUUGCCAUGUUUCUGCAAUUGCUUUUUCCAUUUCAUUAUUUUUUUUGCCUUUUGUGCAUGUUCAGCACAUGGCAACAACUGCCCUCUUCAGAUGCUUAAACUUUGGGGAAACCAUGGAGUUUUCUUUUUUGUUCAACGAUGAUAUCCAGUGAAUAUUUACUUUAUGCAUUUCUUUCUAUAUCCAUCGGCUGUGUUUUCAUUUCACCCUAAUGUGUGUUUUGUUCUUACCGUAGCACAAUGGCUCGCGGCGACCAUCAAGAUGAUGAUGAUGACUUCAUGGAGUUACCGCGACAGAAUCGCGCGACUGGUUGGAUAAAAGAUGGCGAUGAGAAGAGGAAACGUCAUCGCAAUAGGGCUUCGCAAGAACGCCUGACUAUAUUGACUGAGGGAUUUACUGAUGAGCAGAAGGGAGCUGCCGGUGAGAUGGGGAUGCAGGCUCUGAUGGAUGUUCGAUGCAAGAAUCUAGUGAACCAUGUAUGCGACUGGCUCGGUGAGAUUUAUGAUCCUGCCUCCAGGGAAUUCGUGAUUCCUGGACGUGGAAGACUGCCUUUGGAUGAGGAAUCUGUCUUCUGCACGUUGGGUGUUCCCUGUGGAGAAAUCAAAGUCCCAUAUGAGGUGAAUAAUAAGAAUGAGGAAGCCUUAUUCGCCUGUUUGUUUCCUGGGAUGGCAUCCAUGCCGAAUACGACUGUGCUGGCAACUUUGUUGGAGGGCUUGAAAACCCAUGGCGAGGUAUUUACGAUGAAGCUACUCAUGUACCUGAUCUCAGCUGUCUUUGCGCCUACCACAUCUCUUUGCCCAAGCAACAAGUGCUUCCCCAUCCUGGCGAAGUUGAAAGAUGUUAAGAACAUGAAUCGGUGUAAAUUCAUCGCAGACUUCCUGCAUGAUGCAUUCUCAAACAAGAUGUACUAGAAGGGUCGUCGCUUGCACUUAAUGCUCAUGUACGUCGAUUGUCUUGAUCUGUCCACUAUCGACUUUACUGGGAUAGGAGGUCCGUCACCUCCACAUAAGUGUAUCUGCAUGGACGUAUGAUGCUGUCAAGGCUGUGCUUGCCGCAGACAGGAUAACUGAUACGGAAUAGGGGAAACUACAGCUGAUGGUCAAGCAUGCUAUAGACUACAGUGUGUUUGGUGGGCCACGAAACUUUGGCAAGUGGAUGGAUGUGCAUUCAGCUUCAUCUUGUCCUACUGAGGC